CCGGAUUGCACACAGGAAAGAGACUGCAGGUACAACCGACAAGCAAUAGGGUUGAUUAUCAAACUUUUAGUGGAAGAUACCAGGAAUUUGUCCACAUCUGCUCUUCUCAAGAUGAAGCCUAGGGCAACAAAUCCACAGGCUGUGGUGGCACCCAUUGCCACAACUACCAUGAUGCCAGUUGACACUGGAGAUAACUCAACAGAGGCUGGAGGCCUUGGAGAAGGGAAAAAUAAUGUCUUUCAGAAGCUGAAAGAGAAAUUUAUGAAUGAACUGCAUAAAAUUCCAUUGCCUCCUUGGGCUUUGAUUGCCAUAGUUAUUGUCAGUGGCCUGCUUCUUCUCACCUGCUGCCUCUGCAUCUGCAAGAAAUGCUGCUGUAAAAAGAAGAAAAACAAGAAGGAGAAAGGCAAGGGGAAAAAGAAUGACAUCAACAUGAAAGAUGUGAAAAACUCUGGUGGAAAUCAGACCAAACAGGAUGAUGAUGAUGCAGAAACUGGUUUAACUGAAGGUGAAGACAAAGAUGAGGAGCUAAAAGAGGAAGAAAAACUUGGGAAAUUGCAAUUUUCAUUGGACUAUGACUUCCAGAAUAACCAGCUAACAGUGGGAAUUCUUCAGGCAGCUGAACUUCCCGCAUUGGACAUGGGUGGCACAUCUGAUCCUUAUGUUAAAGUCUUCCUGCUUCCAGACAAGAAGAAGAAAUAUGAGACGAAAGUUCAGAAAAAGACCCUGAACCCUGUCUUCAAUGAGUACUUUACAUUCAAGGUUCCUUAUCAAGAGCUGGGAGGGAAGACCCUAGUGAUGGCCGUUUAUGACUUUGAUCGAUUUUCCAAACAUGACUGCAUUGGUCAAGUGUUGGUACUAAUGACAAAGGUGGACCUUGGUCAACAACUUGAAGAAUGGAGAGAUCUUGAGAGUGCUGAGAAAGAGGAGCCAGAGAAACUGGGAGACAUUUGCACCUCUUUGCGCUAUGUUCCAACGGCCGGGAAACUCACUGUCUGCAUCCUGGAAGCAAAGAACCUGAAGAAAAUGGAUGUGGGAGGACUCUCAGAUCCUUACGUAAAGAUACACCUGCUGCAGAAUGGAAAACGACUGAAGAAGAAGAAAACCACAGUUAAGAAAAACACACUGAACCCUUACUACAAUGAAUCAUUCAGCUUUGAAAUUCCAUUCGAACAAAUACAGAAAGUCCAGGUUUGUGUCACAGUCUUAGACUACGACAAGAUUGGCAAGAACGAUGCCAUUGGCAAGAUUUUUGUUGGCAGCAACGCCACUGGAACAGAGCUUCGACACUGGUCAGACAUGCUGGCAAAUCCCAGGCGGCCUAUUGCACAGUGGCACUCUCUAAAACCAGAGGAAGAGGUCGAUUUAGCUCUUGGCCUCAAGAAGUGAAAUCAUUCCCACCAUCAUACAAACUUCUCAUUGAUCAGAUGCUAUCAAUACCUCAGUUAUGCGCCAUUCUCCAUUAACCCUUUGGGGGAUACUGUAGCAUCUUUGCACCAUGACAAAUAUAUAUGCAAAUUUGAUGUGUUUUGUAUUUUUUUCUCAUUUUUACAAUUACUGUUACAAAAAGAAUUACAAAAUUUCUGUUUUGUACUUUAGAACCUUAAUGCUCAAACCUUAUAA